UCCCCCAGUUUCAACAUAUCCUGGUGGCUCGAACUUCUCGCCAUUUUGAAUCACAGAGGAAGGUGACGAACGUCCGAAUCGAAGCAAAGAAAACGCCGAAGAUAAAGUAACCAUGAGCGGGUGUCGUUUAUUCAUUGGUCGUUUGAGCCCCCAUGCCCGAGAAAGAGACGUGGAGAAGUUUUUCAAAGGAUACGGACGGAUCCGAGAAAUAAAUUUGAAAAAUGGAUUUGGUUUUGUGGAGUUUGACGACCAUAGAGAUGCAGAUGAUGCAGUAUACGAGUUAAAUGGCAAAGAACUUUGUAGUGAAAGGGUGACCAUUGAGCAUGCCCGCUCCAGGAAGGGCAGGGGAGGUGGUGCUGGGAUGGGUGGUGGACGAGACGGUGGUGGUGGUGGUGGUGGUGGAGGAGGAGGGGGACGCUUCUCCCCGCGCUUCAGCAACUCUCGCCAGUCUCGCAGCAGUGGCUCCAGGUAUGGCCCCCCUGUGCGGACUGAACACAGACUCAUUGUGGAGAAUCUGUCUUCCAGAAUUAGCUGGCAGGACCUGAAAGACCUGAUGAGGAAAGUCGGAGAGGUCACCUUUGUGGACGCCCACAGAACAAACAAGAACGAAGGAGUGGUCGAGUUCGCCUCCCACAGUGAUAUGAAGAACGCCAUUUCCAAGCUGGAUGGGACAGACCUGAACGGACGCAAGCUGAAGCUGUUUGAGGAUCGCAGGAGGAGCCGCAGCAGGAGCCGUUCUCGGUCCCGCAGCUACUCCCGUUCUCGUUCCCGCUCCCGCUCCAAGUCCCGCUCCAGGAGCCGCUCGCGCUCGGCCAGCCGCACCCCGGAGAAGAAGCCCUCAGGGGGCAAGGCCGCCCCUCGCUCCCCCUCCCGCUCCCUGUCCCGCUCCCCCGCCCGCCCCAGGUCCAGGACCCCGGUCCGGGCCCGCUCCCCUGCCCGCUCCAGGUCCCCCGUCCGGCCCAAGUCACACUCUCCUGCCGGGCCUAGGUCCAGGUCCCCCGCCAGGUCCAGGUCCCCCGCCAGGUCCAGGUCCCCCGCCCGGCCCAGGUCCAGGUCCCCCGCCCGGCCCAGGUCCAGGUCCCCCGCCCGGCCCAGGUCCAGGUCCCCCGCCCGGCCUAGGUCCAACUCCAGGUCCCACUCCAGGUCCCCGGCCCCAAGGAAACAGUCCCGGUCCCCCUCAGCUGAGAGCCAGCACUGAGAAGGCCCUCCACGGCUAUGUGGUCUGGACUGAAGCGUUGUUAGAGCAUUGUGGCAGGCCUGUCUGAGGGCUGGGUCACGGGGAACCAAGGGGGAGAGAGAGGGUUACCCAUGUGACAGGAAGUCCUUUAUUUUAGAAUAAUUGAUUGCGCCCGCGUUUAGUUUUAUGCCUAAAUUGGAAUGUUUUUGAUUUUGUUUUUUUUGUACUUCUGGCUAUGUAAUUGAUAUACCUUCUUUUGGAAACCCUUCAACCUUUUUAAUGCAACGUACCGUGGGACAAUGAGACUGUGUUCUGGAUCCUCUUGCGUAUGUACUUACUCCCCUGCCGCUUGUGUUGUCUAAAAUGUUAUUAAAGUUCAAGAACAGCCCAAGCACUCUCCAUUGUCAUCAGAUCAGCGUUAGUCCACCCUCACUGCCCAGAUUAUCAUCACUCUGCCAAUGCAGAUGACUGAGUUUACCAACGAGGUAAAUUGAGCUGAUUUAUUUUGGUUCCCUCUGAAGCUUUAGGUUUUGGGGGGGCAAUUAUGCUGUGAGGAUUCACUCAUAAAUGAUCUUAAUGGGUGCUUCUACUGUAAUCUUUCCCAUAUUGCAAAUCACCUGUCAAGGAGGAAUAAUCUUAAAUGUCAAUUUUGCGGAUAGUCAAUAAGUCUGCCUGAACUGCCAAUAAGUGUGGGAGUCGUUUUUUUGUGUGUAAACAGCUGUGAGUUUAACAUCAGUUAUUUACCUAUGGCUCAGGAUAUUUGACUUCACUUUUGUGAGGCUUUAUGUAAAUCCUGCCCUGUGUUCUGUUCUGGUAGUGAACCGGGUUGAAGACUGCUAUGUGUUUAUUGUGGCAGGAAGAUGCAAUGUCUGUUAAAUGAUUUAACUGAAUUGAUUUGCUACAAAUAAAGCCGGUCCUUGCAAA